AUGAAGAAAGCUGUUCAACAGAGUCGUUUCACCAGAUUUAAGAGAACUCUCUAUAAUCCAGAAAAACAUGAAAUUUUGGGAAGGACUUGCAGAGACUGGGUUUUGAUUUUCAUAUUUUACGUCGUGGCAUAUACGUUCUUGGCUUUAUUCUUUGUCGGAAUGCUAUCAGUUUUUCUGUAUGGCUACGUCAGUAAAACAGUUCCAACUUUGACUGGGGAACAAAGCAUCUUAAGGUUUCAGCCAGGAAUAGAACUUGCUGCGAGACCAAAUUCUUUUAAUACGUUUAUCCAUGUUGCAACUUUCCAAUCUACGAUCAACCAACCAUAUAUUAAUAAAGUGGAUGAACUGUUUAGUAAAUAUGGCUCGAAAGGUGUAAAUGAAGAGUGCAGUGGACCAGGUUUACAUCCACAGAAUCCAGAUAUCCCCUGUAGCUUCGAUCUCAGUGUUUUGGGUGAAUGUCAAUCAACUGAGAAAACUAUAUUGGAGGGAAAACUAUGUCUUUAUUUGAAAAUAAAUAGAAUCUACGGUUGGUUACCUGAUUUGGAAGAUCCUAAAUCAAUUCCAUCACCUGCUAUCGAAUGUGGAGGUACAAAUGAAUUCGAUAAAGAAUUCCUUGGUAUUGUUAGAUACUUUCCGGAACACACAGCACCCAAUGGGAAAAAAUAUGGUAUCAUAUCAAACAAUUAUUUUCCCUAUUUAAGAAUGAAUAAUUAUCAAGCACCAUUAGUUGCUGUACAACUCUCCAAUAUAACAAGAAAUACUGUUGUCCUAGUUGAAUGUCGUUUGGUUGGUUUAAAAAAUUCCAUCGGUGGAACAGGUUUUGAAGUUUGUGUUGAUGACAAAGAUUCAGGAAAAUAA